AUGUCGCUGAAAUGUUUGAGCCGCGAUUCCUACCGGGUGGGAUGGAUAUGCCCCUUAGAGGUGGAACAGAUCGCGGCAAUGGAGAUGCUAGACGAGGAGCACCAACCUCUUCCGCAACCCAGCGGGGACACGAACGUUUACAACCUCGGCAGUAUCAACAACCAUCACGUGGUUAUCGCUGGUCUUCCUCGGGCAGGGAACUGCUCCGCAGCCACUGUCGUCACUUUGAACGCAAAGCGGGUGGACGAUGAUCCAAUUUGGGGGAACCUGGGGCGAAUCCAAACUAGCCGUCGAAGACUUCGCCGCUUCAAGUUCCCUGGCGCCGUGAAUGACCAUCUCUACCCAUCUAACUAUACACAUGGGCAGCAAGGGAUACCGUGUGAAGAUAGUGGAUGUGACCCGAAGCAGCGUAUCGAGCGACCGACAGACGAGGAAGACGACUCUUUUAUUGUUUCCCAACAUGCAGAGACCAUGAAUACAUGUUUCAAGUUUGUUAAAGCAUUACUUAGAAAUUCGAAUCCGAGAGAAACAACUUUCGAGCUUCCACUUAACCUGUCCGAGAUAUUUGAAGUAACCCGGUUCGUUGCACGAGAAGAUAAGCUCAAGAGAAUGGAAGAGAUCUUCGACACAACUAUUGGACGCCGUACUGCCGUGGUGCAUGGAUUAGGUGGCAUUGGCAAGACCCAGCUAGCUAUCGCAUAUAUUAAACGAAAUCGGUCUCAUUACUCGGCGACAAUAUGGCUGAAUGCAAAAGACGAAACAGCAUUAAAGCAAAGCUUUGCUCGCACAGCUGAGUGGAUUCUGAGCCACCACCCGUCUCUUAUAUACAUUACAGGUGCUUUGGAGAGCCGAGACUUGGACGAGACGGUGAAAGCGGUUAAACGAUGGUUGGACGACCCGAUGAACGAUCGCUGGUUGAUCGUCUAUGAUAACUAUGAUAAUCCCCUAUUGGGCAACCAUACAGGGAAAGGCAUGAGCUAUACUUCCUCUGUCGAGGCAGGUAUAUAUAACGAUAACGACAAAGAUCUUGCAAAGGCUUUUGAUCUUCAGAAAUUCGUGCCCGAGACCGACCAUGGUGCCAUCAUUGUGACCACGCGGUCCUCUAUGGUAAAGCUAGGCCAGACUAUUCACUUGCGCAAGCUAGAGGAUAUCAAUGAUAGCCUUGAGGUCCUGGCUUCCGUCUCUGGCCGUGAAGAUUUAAGACAAGAUCCUGCAGCUACUGAUCUUGCGAGGCAGCUUGAUGGACUUCCUCUGGCCCUCGCGACAGCUGGCGCAUACUUGGAUCAAGUUUCGAUCAGCUGCACCGAGUAUCUCCAGCUAUACCGAGAAUCAUGGCAGCAAUUACACGAACAGACGCCGCAACUGGCGGCAUACGAUCAAACGUUGUACUCAACAUGGAAUCUCUCAUAUCGAUAUAUUCAGCAGCAGAGCCCAAUUGCAGCUAUGCUUCUCCGACAAUGGGCAUAUUUUGCUAGUGAAGACUUGUGGUAUGAGCUGCUGGAGAAUGGUGGCUCGGAAAAGCCGGAAUGGCUAGACGCACUGACAAAGAAUAAGAUCAUAUUUCACGCAAGCUUACGAAUUUUGUGCAGUCACGGGCUCGUUGAAGCUGAUCCGACUACCACAUUACAGAGAGUGGAGUCACGAGGCUAUAGCGUACACAGCUGCGUUCAUUUCUGGAUGAUUCAUGUGCUGAACCAGGGGCUUGAAAAUAGUAUGGCCUGGAUAGCAGUCGAAUGUGUAGCGGCGCGUGUGCCUGGGAAAGACGAACAGGAAUUCUGGCUUUUACAACGGCGGCUUAUUGCACAUGCAGACAGAUGUUUGGAGACAAUUAGAAAUAGAGAAAUUAAUGGUGAGGCUGCGGGGGCUCUGCAUUCUUUGGGUUUUCUCUACGCAGAUCAAGGCCGGCUCCAAGAGGCAGAGGCGAUGUACAAACAAGCGCUAGAAGGCACGGAGAAGGCGUGGGGACGAGAACAUAUAUCGACGCUUGAUACCGAGGCAGAGGCGAUGUACGAACGAGCGCUAGAAGGCUACGAGAAGGUGUUAGGACGAGAAUAUACGUCGACGCUUAAUACCGUCAACAACCUCGGUCUUCUCUACGUAGAUCAAGGCCGGCUCCAGGAGGCAGAGGCAAUAUACGAACGAGCGCUAGAAGGCUACGAGAAGGCGUGGGGACGAGAAUAUAUAUCGACGCUUAAUACCGUCAACAAUCUCGGUAACCUCUACGUAGAUCAAGGCCGACUCCAGGAGGCAGGGGCGAUGUACGAACGAGCGCUGGAAGGCAAGGAGAAGGCGUGGGGACGCGAACAUAUGUCGACGCUUGAUACCGUCAACAACCUCGGUCUUCUCUACGUAGAUCAAGGCCGACUCCAGGAGGCAGGGGCGAUGUACGAACGAGCGCUGGAAGGCAAGGAGAAGGCGUGGGGACGCGAACAUAUAUCGACGCUCAAUACCGUCAAUAACCUCGGUAUUCUCUACGCAGGUCAAGGUCGGCUCCAGGAGGCAGAGGCGAUGUACAAACGAGCGCUUAAAGGCUACGAGGCCGCUUUUGGGGCGACCUCAAAUUUCACUUAUAUCCCUGCCUUGUGCACUCUGGAAAACUUUGGCUUUCUAUGCGAGAGGAACGGGCAGGUUGAUACUGCUCUGCUGUAUUAUCAGCGGGCACUGGUGGGCACUGAGGCUGUUUGGGGCCAGUAUAGCGAACGGUAUCUUUGGCUUUCCAACAAAUUGAAUUCUUUCGAGCGGGACACACAUGAACUUUCUGAAAGAGAAGAGCCUGUUCAAAUGAAAACAAACCGGAGGCUAAAAUAG